AAACACCCAUUUUUAAUAAAAAGAAUUCCGUGAAAUUACUGAUUAUUAAGAAGGCUUCAGGGCUGGAGAGAUGGCUCAGUGGUUAAGAGCACCCGACUACUCUUCCAGAGGUCCUGAGUUCAAUUCCCAGCAACCACACGGUGGCUCACAACUAUCUGUAAAGAGAUCUGAUGCCCUCUUCUGGUGUAUCUGAAGACAGCUAUAGUGUACUUAUAUAUAAUAAAUGAAUAAAUCUUAAAAAAAAAAAGAAGGCUUCAGUAUCCUGUGAUUUCACUUUUAGAAAAAUGGCAUUCUAAAAAAUUGAAAAAUCACAUUUUCAGUUCUUUCUAACUGCCUAAUAUCCUUCCUCACCCCCAGUGGCUAUUACAACUUUAGGAUAAAAAAAUAAAAAUAAGGAAAAAAAGAAAAGAAUAGAAAAGAAAGGGAGGGGCUGGAGGGAUGAGUCAUCCAGUAAGAGCAUUGGUUGGUCCUCUCAAGUAUCCAGGUUCAAGUCCCAGUAACCACAUGGCAGCUAACAACUGUAACUCCAGUUCUAGGACACCCCAGCAUGCUUCACGUUACACCACGAGUCUGUUCUCUGGAACUCCAAGUUCCAGAAUGCAACGCUCCUCCUCACCUUGGUUCUCAGGGGUCGUCGAGACUACAGUUCCCAGCAUGCAGCACCGUCGCCCUUUGUUUUUGACGCCCCGAUGGACCCUGCUUCGGAAGGAUUUUUUGGACUCCAGAGGACGGUUCUUCGAGUCACAGCCCACCUGGAGGCAUGUGGCUACGGGGAAGUUCUGGCCGGUUGAGUCUGUUCAGGCGAAGCUGCGGAGAGAUGGCCUGGCGGUUUUGCAGGACUCUGUCCAGGCAGCGUUCCGGGCAGCCCCAGCUGGGUCCUCCUGGGGCCUUCCUGCCUUUGAACAGUGGUGGCGGGCGGGCACUCUGUCCCCAGCACGCUUGAGAGCGGGGGCCGCCAUCUCCAUGGCCACGGCUGCGAGCGGGCCCUGCGCCGGCGGGUCACCGCGGGACAUCCUUUGGCGCGUUUUGGGCUGGAGGAUAGUUACUAGUGUCGUUUGGUCAGUGCUGCUUCUCCCUGUCUGCAUCACAGCAUUUAUAGUCUUCAGCAGCAUCGAUUUAUUCCACCCUAUACAGUGGCUGUCAGAUUCUCUCAAUGAGUUCUAUAGUUCCCAAGUAAUCUUUUACCUCCUGCUGCUGGCCGUGGUCAUUAUAAUAAUAAGUAUUUUCAAUGUGGAGUUCUAUACAGUUGUGCCCUCCAUACCCGGCUCCCGACUGGCGCUGAUAGCACGGAUCCUUCACCCUCAGCAGCUCACGCACUCCUUCAUACACGCUGUGAUGGGAAUGGCAGUGGCUUGGUGUGCGGCCAUCAUGACCAAGGGCCAGUCCAGGUCUCUGGUAGUUCCCUGCACUGGAACGGAGAGCUUAGAUAGCCCUGCUGCUCAAACCUGCAUGAAUGAAUAUCAUCUGUUUUUCCUACUGUCUGGAGCAUUCAUGGGCUAUAGCUAUAGUCUUCUGUAUUUCAUUAACAACAUGAAUUAUCUUCCGUUUCCUAUUAUACAGCAGUACAAAUUUUUGCGUUUCCGGAGAUCUCUCCUCUUACUAGUUAAACAUAGCUGUGUGGAAUCCCUGUUCAUGGUCAGAAAUUUCUGCAUUGUAUAUUAUUUUUUUGGUCAUAUUCCCAAAGCAUGGAUUAGCACUGCUCUGGACCUUCGCACAGACGAGCAGGCCCACAGGCCUCUUGACACGAUAGGCGGUCUCCUGAACGUCUCAUUGCUCUACCAUGUCUGGCUGUGUGGUGUCUUUCUCUUGAUGACUUGGUAUAUCUCAUGGAUACUCUUCAAAAUCUAUGCCACAGAGGCUUAUAUGUUCCCUGUUCAGCCACCAUUUGCGGAAGAAUCAGAUGAAUGCCUUCCUAAAGUCUUAAAUAGCAAUCCCCCACUCAUCAUAAAGUAUUUGGCCUUACAGGACCUGAUGUUGCUUUCUCAGUAUUCUCCUUCUCGAAGGCAAGAAGUUUUCAGCCUCAGCCAACCAGGUGGACAUCCCCACAAUUGGACUGCUAUUUCGAGGGAGUGUUUGAGUCUUUUAAAUGAUAUGACUCAGAAGCUGGUUCUCUACCAAGAAGCUGCUGCUACGAAUGGGCGGAUGUAUUCCUCAUACUCAGUGGAACCCAAGAGACUGAGUUCUCCAGAUCAGCAAGUGUCUGCAGUCUCUAAUCCCUCUCCUUGUGCCUCUGUCACUGCUGAGGGCAAGACAGUGAGGCAGCCCAGUGUGCUCUACUCGUGGAUUCAGAAUAAACGGGAGCAGAUUAAGAAUUUCUUGUCGAAACGGGUGCUGAUAAUGUACUUUUUCAGUAAGCAUCCAGAGGCCUCCAUUCAGGCUGUUUUUUCAGAUGCCCAAAUGCAUAUUUGGGCUUUAGAAGGUCUGUCUCACUUAGUAGCAGCAUCAUUUACAGAAGAUAGAUUUGGAGUUGUCCAGACCACGCUCCCAGCUAUCCUUAAUACUUUGCUGACUCUGCAGGAGGCUGUUGACAAAUACUUCAAGCUGCCCCAUGCUUCUAGUAAACCACCCCGAACUUCAGGAAGCCUCGUGGACACAUCCUACAAAACAUUAAGAUUUGCUUUCAGGGCCUCACUGAAAACUGCUAUCUACCGUAUAACCACCACGUUUGGUGAACAUCUGAAUGCUGUGCAAGCAUCUGCAGAACAUCAGAAAAGACUUCAACAGUUCUUGGAGUUCAAAGAAUAGUUAAGUAAUAUAAACUGUGUUCAUUACCCUGCUGAUACAACUACAGAUGGGACAGUAAAUGUUCAGCAUUCUUGGAUCAGAAGAAAAUGGACUAAUUAGAUGCUUCCUUUGUCGUGGUGCCUGCUUUGAAAACUAUACUUUAAUGGGAGAAAUCAUGGAAAGAAAUUCUCAGCAGAAUAACCGAAAACUGCCUUUUCUGUACCAAAUGCUUUUUGUGUGUGUGGUAUAAUAAAAUCUUUAUUCAGUUUUACAGGAGCGUCUGUGGCAGCCGAACUGUCUCUUGCUCAUAUAACUUGAUAACAAUUACUCACAAUUGUUUUUAGAAUUUACUUUUGAAAACAGUGGAGCCAGCUCAGAAGUUAAAGCAGGGUGUCUUGACAUAGUCCCCCAAUUGCACUAAGAGGUUAGCUCUUUGUAAACUCACAAAACAUAAACGUGGGAUUAGUUUGUUUACUAAAGGAUAAAAAUGGUAAUGGCAGAGAAAAACUCACAGUAAAAAUGUUGUCUACAGGACAUAUUUUGUUAAUCUGUUAGUUGUGCUUUUGUUUCCAGGGACAAAUUAAAUUUGCAUGAUUGUCCAAAAAGAGUCUCGAUUUACAGAUGCUAACUCUAUAUAAAGGAAUGUAGAAAAAUUGAAAUCUUAAGGUACACGAUUAAGCAUUCACAUUUGGCUUUUGAGAAAUAAUUUGAGCAGCAUCUAUGACUUCAUUGGACCAUGCUGUACAGGAUGGGAGCGCCCAAACGUUUCCCAGCCAGUUUUGCUUUCUUUUUUGAAAUGACGUUAAACAGUUGGCAGAGGUCCUCAAAGAGGGGGAAAGGUUCCCUUCUCCUACUGUGUGUCUUUACCAGAUCCAAUUCUGAUGUGAGUCUAGUCUGUUUUCACAUGGAGAGCAGCCUCUGCUGUGUUCACUGGCUAAUUAAAAUAUAAUAGGACAAGCUUUAGAGCCAGAAGCACAUAGUCAUCAAAUAAGCAAGUGAAACUGGAAUGUCAGAGGUGUCACUGUCCUUAGGAGCAUGUACGUCCCAAAUAACAUGUACAUGUGGUCAUUUUAUGACUUAUUAGAUCAUUUCUUUGGAGAUGAAUCCUGGGAAGUCCUGCUGGCAGAUAUUCUCUGGACUAGCUUUGGGCCAAAGCCUCCUUUGUAAGUCCUUUGCUGUUGUCUUUUUCUUUAAAGUCAGUACAGUAUUGUAUAUGAAUCUUAAAUGGGAUGUGUAUGCCUGGCCUUUGUCCUUUUCAUUGGCGUAUCACAUCUUUACAGAUCUACUGUCCUUCAACCAGCAUAUGGCAAAUUACAAAUGAAUCUUGCUAGCCUCAAAAGUGUCUCUGUGGGACAAUUCCUCACCUUGAUUGUUAAGUUUUUGGGUCUUUUAAGUCCUCCGUCUACCUUGUGUGUGAAGUUCUCUUGAUCUCUUUUUCAGUGUUUCCAGUGUGUUGCUUUCCUACAGAUAACCAGAGAAGCCUAACACUAUGUGUUCUGUGAAUUAAAGCCAUAGGCCUUUUAUGUUUGCUGCUGCCUCUGACCGAAGCAUUUCAGGAGACAAAUCUUAAUGUUAUGUUUCCAUAAAGAACUGUGGCGUGUUUGUAGCUUACUGAAGAGGGUGUUUCUUUAAACUUGGACGGACUCCUACGAAAUGUCUGGUUCAGUUUAGGUUCUUGCCUUUCCCACGUCCUCUGGGUGAAAGUAUAUUUGAUAGCAAUAUGAAUCUUUGCGAAUGUGCUGUGUCUGAGGUAUUGACCACACCACAUAUGCCUGGUGGGGAGCAGGACACUGCCAUCCCCUCAGAUCUGCAUUGCCUUUGGAAGGUGAGGGGUCACUUUUUCCUUUGUAUAUUUGUAGGCCCUCCCUUUUUAAGAAAAAAAAAAAAGGCACACAAUGAGGACUUGAGGGAGGUCAGCAGGAGAGAAGCAUUUGCUUAGGUGAAGUUGUAACCUGCUGACAAGCCUACUGAAGCGAUGGCCUGAGAUUAGUCUUUGAAAGCCUUUCUCUGACUUCACACCACGACUCUCUCGACACCGGUGUUUGUGUCUCUAAUGGAACAUAGGAAGCCACAAAUUGCUUUUGCAGAGUAGUGGGAAACUUGUAGACUUAACCCUCUGUUGAGUAGACACGGCUAAGUCACACUGGGUUCCGGUGCGUGAUGUCUUCAGGAGUGUUUUGUGUGUCUUCCUAUUGAUAUUUAUGAUAAUCUGUUUAUAUCCUUUUGUAUAUCAUUGAUACUGAAUUGGUAGAAAAAUAAAGUGGCGAUUCUUUGCCAAGACUGUUCACUGAA